CUGACUUGUUGCGGGGCUGCUUUAUAAAUAGGGAGCUGUCCGGCUGCUGAAAUUUUCAGACCCACUUGCUCCACACCUUCUCAAACCGGGGGAGGGGGAGGGAAAAUGUUCUCAGCCGAACGGGCUUCAUUUUGAAGCGCAGCCUUUUUAUCGUGAUUUCCGGACAACUGACAGACGGUAGGGAGCAACAUCCCUGAACUGAAGUUGGUAAAUUGUGAGCUACAUAAUAAAGAUGGCGGUGAUAAAAACGUUCACAAGCGGCACAAUAUUGACCCUCAGCAUCCUACUUUAUUCCGAUUGCCUUAAGGCUGCUUCUUUGGUGCCGAACAGAUACGAUGCGAGUACUUUUAAAGAAAGCACGUACAACUAUCCGAACCCGGAUAUGAUUAAAGCCCUAGAGUUUAUUGAGAAUUUAAGGCAAAACAGUGAAGACACAUCCAUCCCAGACUAUGAUGCGAGAGGCGCUUUCCGUCCAGCUGAAGAGCCCCUCUUUAAAAAGUUAGAGGAAGGUGAUCAAGAGAAUCAGCCGUGGGACACCAUCAGGGAAUCUCCAGGUGAGGGCAGGGCUGAAUGGGCCAAACUUCUCCUGCAAGCACUGAUGCAAGCAGAAAGCAAUGACAGGGUCAACGACAAUCCUCACCAUUCAGCUCGGUAUCAUGGUCAUGAAGGGAACAUAGUGGGGUUCGAAGGUAACCAGCAAGACUAUGAUGGAUACGAGUUCCCUGAAAACGACAAAGUGUCGAGGAAGCAGCAUGCCGCCUAUCCAGAGGACGGUUCCAGAGUCAAUCCCUAUAAACGCACCAAUGAAAUAGUAGAGGAAGAGUACACCCCCCAGAGCCUUGCAACUCUGGAGUCCGCCUUCCGUGAACUAGGGAAACAUCCAGGUACCCGCAAGGAACAAGGGAGACUGGAGGAAGAGAACUUCCGCAAAGAGGAGGAAGACGAUAUCUCCCGGGACAGUGAUUUUGCCUAUGAGGAUGUGGCAGAGGGGGAGGCCUGGAACUCGGUUGAGACGAAGGACAGGCAUCAGCACAAGGAAGUGCAGUUUCAUGAUGAGGAAGCCGAGGUGGACAGAGACUCGGACCGAGCAGGAACCAACCUGAAGAAUUCGUUAGCUGGUUUCAAUGAGGUCGAUUUGGACCAGCUCGAUUCCCAAGAGAAAGCGACAGUGGAGAAAGAAAGCGAGGAUGAGAUGCCGGAUGCGGCGGCAGAUUUAAUGCUGCGAUAUUACAAGCGGCUGCAAGACAGAAUGGAGGAGGGCCAAUCGAGAGGGAACAUCGGGAAAACAGAUAGAGACAGGAAUGUGGGAAAUGAGAAAAUGCCAAGCAGGCAGUCCCGAGGAUCCGAGGGCGAAAUUGACCCAGAGGUCGUGAACCAGUUGGUGGAACUGUCCAGCAGACUCCAAAUACCCCCGGAUGACAUCGUCAAAAUGCUGAAAGACACCGAGCAAAAGAAGCAAGCGGAGAUCGAGGCUGAUCUCCGCAACCCGCCUGCAGGGACCUCGGAAACUGCUCGAGAAGACAAGAGGUUCAGAGCUAGUUACACCAGAGACUACAAUGUACCAGACAGCGGAGCUGAAGAUCUCACUACAGAAGACAUUCUGAAUAUCCUGGGGAUGGAUGAUAGAUUGCGUGAAAACCCCGUGUAUUUCCGAAAAGAUCAGUCCAAGCCCCAUUUGUCAGGAAUUCGCGACCCAUUCGGAAGGUUGAAAGGGAAUCGCAACCAGGAAUUGUUCGGCCUCGGCGGUGGUAUUGGCCGUGGAGCAGCACACAAACAGGGCAUCAACAUUGACCAUGAAGAACUGGCCAGGUACCUGGAAGAGAUGCUGCUCAAGAACCCCGACUUUCUGAACUCAGCCGACACCCCGCGGUCCAGUGUGGCUUCAUCGGGCAGACAGCAGGACCCCGUCAAAGAGUUACUGCGUGGCAUUGACCCGCGGAGAGCCACAGAAAUUAUGUCAGUAAUAAAUAAUCUUCCAAGCUUUGCGGGAAACGCUUACCAGGCCCCUCGAAGAGAGCAGAAUGGGGAAGAUUCUUCCACAGUGAUGCAGAAGCUGAUGGAAUUGAUAAAUGAACAGAAUGAGGAGCGGGAUCGCUCGGUAAAGGAAUUAAACAGGAGAAUGUUUGGUAGCGAUGUCUAAAUCGUGUUAAUGAAGAAUAAAGGUUUGUUUAUAUUUGUAACCAGGAGAAACGGUAGAUUGCACACAAAUCAUCAGUUGGCAUUCUUAGUUAGGAUUUCCAUAGUUAACAUGGACAAUGACAUGAGGGUGAAACCUCUUUAUUGUGUACAGUAGGUCGCUGCAAUGAUUCUUUCAUCACAAGCUUUUCGGCAUUAUUUAGCUGUGAAAAUAUUUACUUCUCACGAUGAAGCAGCUUUUCAAGUUAUGAAAUGCUGAGACGUUUCUUGGCUGAAACAUUUGCCCAUUGUGCAUUGUUAGACUGUUAGCAGAAUCGCGUUGUUGUUUGAUUUUUUUUAAAUAAAGUUAUUUCUUUUCUUAAUUAA